ACUGAGAAAACGUCGAGAUGGGAUGAGUUCUUCAAGAAGGUGGUGAGUCCGUAUGAAGAGUUGAAUAAAAGUGACGAUGUAGCAACGGCCACUGCGGGUAUGGAAGUGGCAAUGGCGAAGGUGGAUAAUGCAGCUAAUGAGGCUCCAUCGAUUCAUGUGGUUGCUCAACAAGCGGCAGUUGAAUUUUCACAGUAUUUGAUGACAAAUCUUUUGCCCGAAAAUACGAGUGUUCCAUUCCCAUCGUCAUCGACAUUGACAUCAGAGUUGGUGGUUUUCUAUGUUUUUUAG